AUGUCCAACAUAAAAGACAUAGAGCGAUACCAUAAAAAGAUGGACGUUGAACACGGGACAAGUGGAAGUGCCAGCCACUCCUCAUCUUUGCCCUCUUCAAGCAAGAAACCUGACGAGAACUGCGCGUCUGAGGUCGAAGACGAAGCUUCCUGCACAGCAUUGUUAGACCUUCUGCGUCUCGAAGUGCAGAAAGAAGAGUUGAACGUUGUCGACCACGCACCUUGUCGCACGUCAGAGGAGUCGGCAUUGGUUCGUGGUGUGCCUCUACGAACAGGCGCCAAGGCUAUGUUGUACAAAAAGAGCAAGACUUGGUCUGGCUCCUCCUCGACCCUGCCCGAUGCGUCCACGACGGAUAAUUCUACGAAGUCGCAAUUUCUUCUUUUGGUUCUAUCCGCAGCAGCGCGAAUCGAUAAUAAGAAACUUCGAAAGGCAUUCAAGGAGAGCAAGCUGAGUCAGGCGUCGCCAGAAGAAGUAUUUCAAGUAACUGGAUGUCGGCCAGGUGCCGUCCCGCCGUUCUGGCCAGGUCUUUAUCGACGAAGGAGCACAUUGGACGACAUCAAGCACGGAGGUGCUGCUUGCCACAAGACUACACCAAAUGAAGAUGACGAUGAAUGCAAAAAUCCUAGCCAAGGCGAGUUUCAUAGAAAUGGAGCCAGCGCGAUUCUUGCUGAUGUGCCGUCCCCAUGCAAGAGUGGAGGUAAUCAUACGUCGGUGGGAGGUGUACACGUAAUUGUUGACAAGCAGGGUACUAGAGGGGAAGCAGAAGAUCAUUAUGUUGACAACAAGGAUAGCUGUUCUCCAAGCAAUGACUCGUCUGCUGUGUCUUUUGCAGUCGAUUUUCGAGUAGAUGCGUCUCUGUUAGAGCAAGAAUGCAUUAGUUUCAAUUGCGGAUUGAGAACUCGGAGUGUGGUCAACCUUGGGCUCAAAGACUGGAAAAGAAUAAGCCAAUGCCAAGAAAAUACGCAUCUAGUUGAUGUCACUGUUGAAACUACGCCUUCAGCAAUGGAUAAGGAAGGAACUAAAAGCUGAUGCACUGGCAGCACCUCUAACGCACCAUCCAAGA